AUGAUAAGGGACUACUCUGCGCCAAAAGAUUGGAAGUAUGUAGAAUCUGAUGAGAACCCAGCGGAUAUAGCAUCCAGAGGAGCUAGCACAGCACAACUACUGGCGCAAUCAGACUGGUUUGAAGGACCACAAUUCCUCUGGAGAUCUGAAUCAGAAUGGAAUCUGAAACAACCCGGACCGGCAGAAUCUGUUGUAGAGGAUACAGUUGCAACUACGUGUGUAUCACCAACCAAGAUGCAAUCUGAGAAACUUGAAUGUGCAGAGAAUAUCAUGAAGUUUGUGCAGUCCAAGAGUUUCUACGAGGAAAUCCAUGUCCUUACAGCAGUAGGUGGCAGACUCAGCAAGUCUCAGAUCCCAGAUGAAAUGAAGCACCAGAUUCUUCUACCAAGCAAACAUCAUGUCACAAGCCUGUUCAUACAAGACAUACACAAGAAGCUUGGCCAUAUGGGACGAAAUCAUGUACUUUCGAAGCUACGAGAAAAGUAUUGGGUCAUCAGAGCGAACGCAACCGUGAGAAACAUACCGUCCCAUUGUGUCACCUGUCGAAGACUGAAAAUGCCUCCAUGUGAACAGAAGAUGUCCGACCUACCAUUCAGCAGAGUGAAUCCAGCGCCGCCAUUUACAUACUCAGGUGUAGAUUUCUUUGGCCUGGAUACCAUCAAAGAAGGUAGGAAACAGAUGAAACGCUAUGGAGCACUGUUCACAUGUUUAGCGAGUAGAGCCAUACACAUCGAAACGGACAACUCUUUGGACACAGACUCAUUCAUACCUGCCUUGCAUCUCUUUAUAGCACGACGUGGACCUGUUAAAGAGAUAUGGUGUGACAAUGGCACCAACUUCAUUGGAGCUGCCAGAGAAUUGAAAGAAGCACUAGCAGAACUUGAUCAAAACAGCAUCCACUCUCACCUACUGCAAGCCAACAUCGACUGGAAGUUAAACCCGCCAUCAGCCAGUCACAUGGGCGGGGUAUGGGAACACAUAAUAGGUUCUGCCGUGAUAAGAUUCUAUCUCCCAUGCUGUAUGAGUUCGGAGACCGUUUGGAUGACGAAUCAUACCGUACCCUCCUAA